GUAAGAGCUGCGCGCAGGGAGUCCUGUGAGGACGGGGACGGACGCCCGCGGGAAAGAUUUAUGACAAAGUCCAGUUUUCAACAAUGCUGAAAUCAAAUGAUUGCUCGUUUUCUUUGGAUAAUUUGUUUUUUGAAAAACCAGAUGAAGUUGAAAACCAUCCAGAUAAUGAAAAGUCUUUGGAUUGGUUUCUCCCGCCUGCUCCAUUGAUUUCAGAAAUUCCAGAUACUCAGGAGUUAGAGGAAGAAUUAGAAAGUCAUAAACUGUUAGGUCAGGAAAAGAGGCCAAAAAUGUUAACAUCAAAUUUAAAGAUAACUAAUGAAGACAAGAAUUAUAUUUCACCAACACAAAAAUUCCAAUUUGCCUUUCCUUCUGAUAAAUAUGAACAAGAUGAUCUAAAUUUAGAAGGGGUAGGUAAAAAUGACUUAUCACAUGUUGCUGGCAAGCUGACAUAUAGUUCUCAGAAAUAUAAAAAUCACAUUGGCACUGAGAUAGCACCUGAGAAGAGUGUUCCUGAUGAUACAAAAUUAGUUAAUUUUGCAGAAGAUAAAGGAGAGAGCACAUCAGUAUUCCGGAAAAGAUUAUUUAAAAUAUCUGACAAUAUACAUGGGAGUGCUUAUUCCAAUGGCAGUGAAUUGGACUCUCACAUUGGCUCAGUGAAAAGUGUACAAUCAGAAAUGAACAAAGGGAAAUCAAGGAACUAUAGCAGUAGUAAGCAGAAAUUUCAAUAUUCUGCAAAUGUGUUUACAGCAAAUAAUGCUUUUUCUGCUUCUGAAAUCAGAAAAGGCAUGUUCAAAGCACCAUCUUUUCCAGUUGCUUUCCAGCCUCAUGAUAUUCAAGAGGUAACAGAAGAUUGUUUAGGUUCCUUGAAGGCUGUCACAGAAAUUCCGGCAAAAUUUAGAAGUAUUUUCAAAGAAUUUCCAUAUUUCAACUAUAUACAGUCCAAAGCCUUUGAUGAUCUUCUUUACACAGAUAGGAAUUUUGUGAUUUGUGCUCCAACCGGUUCUGGAAAAACUGUAGUGUUUGAACUAGCUAUAACAAGAUUGUUAAUGGAAGUACCAUUGCCAUGGUUGAAUAUUAAAAUUGUUUACAUGGCACCAAUAAAGGCCUUGUGUAGUCAGCGUUUUGGUGACUGGAAAGAAAAAUUUGGACCAAUAGGAUUGAAUUGUAAAGAACUUACUGGAGAUACAGUAAUGGAUGACCUGUUUGAGAUUCAGCAUGCCCAUAUUAUUAUGACAACUCCAGAAAAAUGGGAUAGCAUGACUAGGAAAUGGAGAGACAACUCUUUGGUUCAACUGGUUCGACUGUUUCUCAUUGAUGAGGUACAUAUUGUAAAAGAUGAAAAUCGUGGUCCAACUCUUGAAGUUGUAGUCAGCAGAAUGAAAACUAUACAGUCUGUUUCUCAGACUUUAAAAAAUACCAGCACUGUUAUUCCAAUGCGAUUUGUAGCUGUAUCUGCAACAAUUCCAAAUGCUGAGGAUAUUGCAGAAUGGCUUUCAGAUGGUGAAAGACCAGCUGUAUGUCUGAAAAUUGAUGAGAGCCACAGACCAGUGAAACUUCAGAAAGUGGUCCUUGGAUUUCCCUGCAGUAGUAACCAAACUGAAUUUAAGUUUGAUUUAACCCUCAACUACAAAAUUGCCAGUGUUAUACAAAUGUAUUCUGAUCAGAAACCCACACUUGUGUUUUGUGCAACAAGGAAGGGUGUGCAACAGGCUGCUUCUGUUCUUGUGAAAGAUGCUAAAUUUAUUAUGACUGUGGAACAGAAACAGAGGUUACAGAAGUAUGCAUAUUCCGUAAGAGAUUCAAAACUGAGAGAUAUCUUAAAAGAUGGUGCCGCUUAUCAUCACGCUGGUAUGGAGCUGUCAGAUAGAAAAGUAGUCGAGGGAGCUUUUACUGUUGGAGAUUUACCAGUUCUUUUUACUACCAGUACUUUAGCUAUGGGAGUAAAUUUGCCUGCUCACCUAGUAGUUAUAAAAUCUACAAUGCAUUAUGCUGGAGGACUGUUUGAAGAGUACAGUGAAACAGAUAUUCUACAGAUGAUUGGUAGAGCUGGUCGACCUCAAUUUGACACUACAGCUACUGCAGUUAUCAUGACUCGAUUAAGCACAAGAGACAAGUACAUUCAGAUGUUAGCUUGUAGAGACACUGUAGAAAGCAGUUUGCACAGACAUCUUAUUGAGCAUUUAAAUGCAGAAGUAGUACUGCAUACCAUCACGGAUGUGAAUAUUGCUUUGGAAUGGAUACGAUCAACUUUGCUUUAUAUCAGAGCCUUGAAAAAUCCAUCUCAUUAUGGUUUUGCAUCUGGAUUGAACAAAGAUGGAAUUGAAGCAAAAUUACAAGAAUUAUGUUUGAAGAAUCUGAAUGAUUUAUCAUCCCUGGACUUAAUAAAGAUGGAUGAAGGUGUUAAUUUCAAACCAACUGGUAAUUUCCUAUCAUUGUCAGUUACACUGAUAGCCGGCUGCAAGGAAUUUCUAGAUAUACAGUUAAGGAUAAAUGAAAAGAAAACACUGAAUACUUUGAACAAAGAUCCCAACCGGAUAACUAUCAGAUUUCCAAUGGAAGGAAGAAUUAAAACAAGAGAAAUGAAAGUAAAUUGUCUUAUUCAGGCUCAGCUAGGAUGCAUUCCCAUACAAGAUUUUGCUUUGACGCAAGAUACCGCAAAGAUUUUCAGACAUGGCUCCCGAAUUACAAGAUGGUUGUCAGAUUUUGUAGCUGCUCAAGAAAAGAAGUUCACCGUACUAUUGAAUAGUUUGAUUUUAGCUAAAUGUUUUAGGUGUAAACUUUGGGAAAACUCUCUGCAUGUAUCCAAACAACUGGAAAAAAUUGGUAUAACAUUGUCAAAUGCAAUUGUAAAUGCUGGUUUGACUUCCUUUAAAAAAAUAGAAGAGACAGAUGCAAGGGAACUUGAAUUGAUUUUAAAUAGACAUCCCCCCUUUGGAACCCAGAUAAAAGAAACUGUGGUGUAUCUACCAAAAUAUGAACUUAAAGUGGAACAGAUUACAAGAUAUAGUGAUACGACGGCAGAAAUAUUAGUGACUGUUAUAUUAAGAAACUUUGAACAGCUACAAACUAAAAGAACAGCAUCGGAUUCUCACUAUGUUACCUUAAUCGUAGGUGAUGCAGAUAAUCAGGUAGUUUAUCUGCACAAGAUUAUGGAUUCUGUUUUGCUAAAAGCUGGAAAUUGGGCUAAAAAGAUUGCUGUGAAGAGAGCUCUUAAAUCUGGAGAUCUUAGCAUAAAUCUAAUAAGUUCUGAAUUUGUUGGGCUUGAUGUUCAGCAGAAAUUUACAGUCUUUUACUUAGAACCCAAGAGGUUUGGAAAUCAAAUGACUAUGCAAAUAAAAUCUGAAACACAGAUUUCCCAUUCUAAACUUUCAGAUAGAUCUACAAUAGCAGGACCUAAUAAAGGAAUGACUGCCAGCAAAAAACCUGGGAACCGAGAAUGCAAUCAUCCUUGUAAAAAUAAACAUACAUGUGGACAUGACUGCUGUAAAAUUGGAGUUGCACAGAAGUCAGAAAUUAAAGAGUCAACAAUUUCUUCAUAUUUAUCUGAUUUAAGAAACAGGAAUGCUGUUUCAUCUGUUCCUCCAGUUAAACGUCUGAAGAUACAGAUGAAUAAAUCUCAAAGUGUGGACCUUAAAGAGUUUGGUUUUACUCCAAAACCUUCCCUUCCUAGUAUAUCGAGAUCAGAAUAUUUAAACAUAUCUGAAUUACCUAUAAUGGAGCAGUGGGAUCAGCCUGAAAUCUAUGGAAAAGUUAGACAAGAACCAUCUGAAUAUCAAGACAAAGAAGUUUUGAAUGUGAACUUUGAAUUGGGAAAUGAAGUUCAGGAUGAUUUUGAUGAGGAAAACUUACAAGUUACUAGCUUUUCAACUGAUACUGAGAAGACAAAAAUAUCAGGAUUUGGAAACACUUUGAGUUCAAGUACCAGGGGAAGUAAGCUACCCCUUCAAGAGUCAAAGAGCAAAUUCCAACGAGAAAUGUCAAACAGUUUUGUUUCAUCAUAUGAGAUGUCAGAUAUUUCUUUAUCAAAUUCUGCUAUGCCCAAGUUCAGUGCAUCCUCCAUGACGAAAUUACCUCAACAAGCCGGAAAUGCAGUUCUUUUCCAUUUUCAAGAAAGAAAACCACAAAAUCUGUCACCAGAGAUUGAGAAGCUAUGCUUUACUUGCUCCGAAAAAAAACCAAAGUCUUCAAAUUAUAAAAAAGUGGAUUUUUUUAUUAGAAACAGUGAAUGUAAAAAGGAAGUUGAUUUCAGUAUGUAUCAUCCUGAUGAUGAAGCUGAUGAAAUGAAGUCUUUAUUGGGAAUAUUUGAUGGUAUUUUCUAAAACAAACAAUGCUUUUAUAUUAAAGACACCUAGUCACAAAGCAUGCUUUUCAUUUUUAAAAAGUAGUUCAUAAUUGU